UGUGGUAGUUAAUCGCUUGUCUAUUGAUCUUGCUACGAGUUUUUCAGUUGGAGAGUUAAUAGUUAGAUAACCAAGUGGGUACGAUGGCGGAGAUGGAGACGGUCAGGGAGGUUAACCGUUCUCCUCCCAGAGCACCAGAGCUGACAUCAGACGAUGACAACCGACUAAAAGAACUGGUGAGGAUGUGUUAUCAUGAUGGCGUGAUGCCUAUUGAUAUAGAUCCUGGGGAGAUGACGGUAGAGGGUAGAGAGGUGAGAUUCAAAGUUAACGUGACUCUUGACCAGGCAAAAAUUGCAUGGCUUAAGGAACAUACGGUCACAUUCAUCUUCAGAGCUGGAGCAAGAUUUUUGCCGAGAAACGUUAAGGACGACGUAGUCCGGGCGUACGAAGACAAGCAAGUUGCUGACGGCAGCUUCGAGGCAGUUUCGUUUCAGCGCGGAAAAAUUAAAAUCGAAUCUCCUAACGUUAUCUCUUACGUGGCCAAAUCGCGGGAAAUUGCAAUUUGGUUGGUGAACAAGGGUUCUGAUGAGUUGAUGGUGGGUUCCCAACGCUAUGUCUUCGAGUUCAAACCAUGGUUGACGAAGGCGCAGCUGCUUGCACAAAGGAGAGUUGAAGAUGAGCAAAACUUUUGGGUUGUUGCAGUACAAGUUCCACUUGACGCUUUUUUCUACUUGGAAGUACAGAUCAGGCGAGUUGUUGGUCCAGUCCUGCGUUCUCACCCUCCUGAGCAAGACAGAAUGGUGAACAUCAAGUUCGACAUCGCCCCCAGAAGCAGUGCCAUGGCGACAUCACAAGCUGCUAUGCAUGUUCCAUCCAUGCCAACGUCAUCCGUCCUCAAUCCAACUUUCUCUCCUGGAUUGAUGUCUUAUCCAAGCUAUAGCCAUUUGCCUGGCGCGGGGCUCUCGCAAGCCUUCCAGGGUUGGAACAUGUCUGUUCCUCCCCCAUGGAGUAUGCGGCCGAUGCAAUAUGGGUUGCUUCAGCAAUAUGGAAGAACCCAUCCUUCAGCCUUCACAUCCUAUAUGCCAGCUCAAAAUCAUAUGGGAGGUUACAGCAUGGCGUUCGCGGAAUCUUCUCCGAUAAUCAGAAGAGUGCAACCUACAUCGGAUACUCCAAUGACAUCAGUGGCUCCGAUAGGAGGACAAGGCUCGAUGAUCUCGGCAAGACCAAGCAGUAACGCGAUACCUGGUGGGUCAAGAAGUCGAAACAGUACACCCGGGAAACAGCAAAGACUCGACCAGGAAGGUAGCUUUGUGUCCGGGGAUGGUGUCGCUGAAGCCGAACACUCUGCAACCUCAUCACAGGGAUCCGGAGAACAACUCUCAACAACAGGUAUUCCAGGCCAGAAGACCACCCGGAGACGGAUUCCGGUGGCACUGUCGAAAGGUCAACUGAGUGACAUCGAGAAUCAUAUUCUCCCCUUCUUUUGUGUGGCAAUCCGUCAUACGAUUGGGGUAGUGGCCUUUGCAGACAAUGACGGGGUACCAAAUAUGGCUAGGUCAGUUGAAGGAGCUGCCAUGGUCACUAAGUUCUGCAAAGAAGCUGGUGACUACCGAGGAGCCAUUGAGUUCCUGCUAAUGAACAAGAGGAAUGCGGAGGGAUUCGAACUUGCACAGCAACAUGACGAGAUGGACACAUAUGCAAAAUUCCUUGGCGACAGUGCCCAACACGAGGAGUACACAAAGUUGGCAAGGUAUUAUGAAUCCAAGGGGAACUUCACAAGUGCCGCUGAUAUGUACCAGAAGUGUGGACAGCCCAAGCAAGCAUUGAAGCUGUAUCUACGGUAUGGUACUCCUCAGGACAUUGAGAAGGCAAUUGCAAUGGUUGGGAAGCUAAAUGAUGAUUCCCUGACCAGCCAGCUGGCAGACUUUCUAAUGGGAGAAAUGGAUGGUAUGGAGAAAAACCAUAACUACUUGUUCCGCCUGCACAUGGCCCUUGGGAACUAUGAUCAGGCAGCCAAGACAGCAGUCAUCAUUGCUCGCCAAGAACAAGAGCUGGGUAACUACAAGCUGGCACAUACACAAUUGUUGGAAACGUACCUAGAACUGCAAAAGCAGGGAAAAAGCCCACCAUCAGAACUUGUGCGACAGUUGAUGCUACUGCAUAGUUACGUCAUUGUCAAGACACUUGUGAAACUUGGUGAUCACGAGUCAAGUGCACGAAUGCUGAUCCGUGUGGCAAGAAAUAUCUCAAAGUUCCCAGCACACAUUGUGCCUAUUCUCACGUCAACAGUGAUAGAGUGCCAGCGAUCGGGCCUCAAGAAUACUGCUUUUCAGUACGCAUCCAUGCUGAUGAGGAGUGAGUACAGAUCAUCCAUUGCUCCGGCGUACAAAAGGAAGAUCGAGAACAUUGUCAGAAAACCGGACAAGUCGGAAGCCGAGGAUCCCCUGUCUCCUUGUCCUUUUUGCGAAAUGCUGAUACCAGAGACACAGCUGGAGUGCCCAUCAUGCAGGAACACAAUCCCGUAUUGCAUUGCCAGUGGGCGGCAUAUGGUCUUGAAUAAUUGGUCUAAUUGCCCUUUCUGCCGAUUCCCUGCCUUGGCUUCCGAGCUUUUAAAAGUGGUUUCAGCAGAGAAAAUGUGUCCGAUGUGCCAGCAUCCUUUGAUACCAGCAGAUGUCCAAAAGAUUGACGACCCAUCGCCAAUUCUCAAGCGCAUGACCGGCUCAGCACCUCCUCCUCCCACGGAAAAGAUUUCAAAUGAGGCGGUACUGAAACAAUGAAAAACCUUGUUGUGGAAGCACCGAGCGCAAACCAAAGCCGAGCCGCUGCAGAAUGGUUUCAAAAAAUGAAGACAUUGUUGUUGC